CAAAAUUCUAACGUGUAAAAUAGGUAUGUGUUCUUUCAAAUACCUUAUUUAAUUCACGCAAGGAUUAUAAUAAUUUUAGCGAAAGUCUAGGUUCAUGUCUCUAAAUGACAUUAUAUUGUACUCGGAUUAAAAUCAACAACUGAAGCACGCUUGGACACUGGAAAGUCAUGGACAAAAGAUGACGCUUAUAAAACUAGAGGUAUCCUACCAAAAUGACAGACCAAAAUGCUGAAAGUUACGAAAUAAAAUCCAAAGAUAAACCCAGAUUCUCCAUGAACAGACGGGUGUAUAAGGGUGUCGUCAUGUUCGACAAUGAGGCAGAGCUGAUCGAAACGAUGGACACUCGACAAGAUGAUAUCUGGGUGUGCAGCUAUCCAAGAUCAGGCACCACUCUGACACAGGAAAUGACGUACCUCGUGAAAACCCUCGACUUUGAGACGGCACUUACAAAGCAACUAGAUGAAAGAUUCCCCAUUAUUGAUAUCAAAGACGAUCGAUUUCCGUAUUACAAAGGUGUUAAGCACUUUGAUGAAAUGAAGUCUCCGCGGCUCAUCAAAUCGCACUUACCUUACUUUCUACUACCACAGCAACUUAAGGACGGCAAAGGGAAGAUAAUCUACAUAGCAAGGAACGCUAAAGAUGUAGUAACCUCCUUCUACCACUUGUUACUAUGGGGAGACGAACUAAAGGAGAGUGACAAUACAUGGGACCUGUUUUUGGACUCAUUUAUGAACGGGACAGGUGUACAAGGUUUCUGGCCAAAACAUGUUCUUGGAUACUGGGAAGCGAGUCGCCGAUCAGACAAAAUUAUGUUCCUGCAAUAUGAAGAAGUCGUCAAGAGCUUACCAAACACUUGUCACAAAAUCGCUGAGUUUUUAGAUCGGAAGUUGACUGAUGAUGAAAUCACUCGCAUAUGUCAACAUUGUCACGUGGACAACAUGCGAAACAAUGAUCAUGUUAACGGGACUUACUGGAAAACUUUUAAAAGGAUGAACGAUGAUUCAGCUGGACGGUUUAUCAACAAGGGUAAGGCGGGAGCCUGGAAAUCAUUGCUUUCCCCUGAAACUGCUAAAAGAAUCGACGUGUUGAUAGAGAACGUUCGAAAGGGUGGGCUUGAUAUUCCAGAUGAAUAAUUUUACGAAAGAAAAUGUGGAAUAAAGCUUUUAAAACUUACAUUUAUAUUAUAAAAGAACGUUAUUGCCUUCAUAUCUUUAACAUAUUUAACAUGAAGAGACCAGAUGUGAGAUGACUGCCAUUUAAUGAAGCCAUUUAGGUUAUGAGUGAGGUUGUGCACAUAAACUGGUUUGAACCCCCAGUAAAUUUACAUUUAACUGACCCUUCAAAGGCGGUACGCAACAAUCAUUGCUAAACACAUCUAGAUUUGUAUUUAGUAUAUAUGCAUAAUUGUGUUGUUUGUGGACUUUUGUGCUGUUGUUCCAUGUUUCUUGUUUGUGAUUUUUUAUGUGUGUUCUAUGUCUUUGGCGUGUAACCUGUGCCGUUAAACGGGUUUAUGUUUAAACUUUUGGCUGCUGGGCUUGUUUCUGUAGUUUUUCAUAUAAAUAUUAAAUCAAAUUAUUUGUGUUUUCAAAAUUCCUUAUUACGUCAAGAACAUAUUGACCAUUUUGUUGAUAAGUCUGUGUUGAU